CUCUUCGGUCACGCAGGAACGCCGUCCAGGAUCGUCCUUGAGCAAGGGUCGCGUGAGCUGCAACACGUGCGCUAAGACGUUUUACGACAAAGGAACACUGAAGAUCCACUUCAACGCCGUACACUUGAAGAUUAAACACUGCUGUACCAUCAAGGCUGUAACAUGAUGUUCAGUUCUCUGCGCAGUCGAAACAGACACAGCGCAAACCCAAACCCACGGUUACACGCUUCGGCGCAGCACCCAACGCAGUUGUCCAUCCAGCCCAGACGUAGUGAGAUGUUCGUCGCUCAACCCUUUAUGAACACCACUCCACCUGUUUCCAUGUCAACACGCCUUUUGGUUUCCACAGCAAACAACAACACUGUAAUGACUGACCAACUAAAACAUCAAAGUGGCUCUGGAUCAGGAGGAGGUACAGGGCAUCUCACAGCCAAUCAGAAUGGCCUCGCUGAUAUGAUUGACAUGAUGCCUAAAAAGAAGCGACGCAAGUCCAGCACGCCUUUGAAGAUCAAGCGAGAGAAUCGCCAUGACAAUCACGAUGAGGAUGACAAAGAUGACAAACGUUUUAAACUCCCAGUGAAUAAACUGAUGAACAGUCGGUCACAAAGACAAUCACUCAGCAGUCUCCUCGCGGGCAACAAACAUCAUUCUAUCAACAAUCCCAUCAGCUACAGUGUAUCAGAUCAGGACUGUUACGACACUGAUCUAUAACCGACACUCAUUUACACAAAAGAAACACCUUCACAAGACACCGGCUGUGGUUGUCAUAGUAACACCCAUGUUGAUAAACGUGUGUAUAAAGUGAGAGAUUCCAGGAGGAUUGCGUGAUAAAUGGAAAGAGAGAGGAAGAACAGGAGGAAACCAGAGAUGGGACCCCAACUAUGACCAUAGAGGUCAUCACCAUAGCAAACUGUGACUGACUAGAGAGGUGUCCAAAAUAGCUCACUUGUUCACUCAAAUGCUGUUUCCUAUAUAGUGGGAUUGCCCUAUAUCAGGCAAUGAGUGAACCGAAAGAGCGAGUGAAUUCGGACGCUGACAUGUAUACACAGAGCGUCGGAAAGAAAACCCAGAAACAACUUCAUCAUAUUCUACUUUUAUCUUACAUGUAUAACAACAAAAGUAAUACUUCUUAUUCUUGUAAAAUGGUAUAUAUACAAUAAAUCUUCAUUCUGUUUGUCAUGUUUAAUAUAUAUUUUCAUAAUGAUUAAAAUAAUAAUACUGCCGGGGGUCGGGGUAUCUCAGCAAGUAUUGACGUUGAUUAUCACACCUGGAGUCAUGACUUUGAAUCCAGGGUGUGCUGAGUGACUCCAGCCAGGUCAAUCACGAUGAGGAUGAUGAUGUCAAAGAUGAUGGACAUUUUAAACUCCCAGUGAAAAAAACUGAUGAACAGUCGGUCGCAAAGACAAUCAGUCAGCAGUCUCCGUGCCAACAAACAUCAUUCUAUCAACAAUCCCAUCAGCUACAGUGUAUCAGAUCAGGACUGUUACAACACUGAUCUAUAUAGCAGACAUACACAUUUAACUCGUGACUUUAUUAUACCUGCUGCGUGUUGUUGGUGU